CUCUGCGCUAUUCCCAUUCCCUUGCUCUUCCGCCCCUGCUCUCCCCAAUUCUGACCGUCUUGUCCCAUCCAUGUCAGCGUGUACCGUGACUUUUGUCUUCGAUUCCGCUCUUCCCCUACAGCAAUACACCAAGCUCGUGCAACCAGAUGGUAUAAUUUAUAAACUUAUACAACGCCUAGAAGAGAAGCAUGGAGGAAAUCAUUACUUACACGUCUCCGUCCUCAUCACCCCUCCGACGUCGUCGAACCGGUCAAUAAAGAAAAGUAUGAGCAAAGCUUUUAGAUCAGAGUAUGGUUCGGCAUCGACUUUUCUUGCUGCCCUCCCAAAGCUAUCCGUGCUGUUCCCGCCGAGAAGUUUAACUCCUCAUCAUUGGCCGCAAUUCGACCCUCGUAUCUUGCCCUCCGAGACUCGAGCUAAAGAUGUCAAGAGGAAGCGCAGCGAGGAUGUCCGUAUCUUGGAUGGUGUUGUGGGUGGAUUGGAGCUUCUUGAACGCCCUCAGCCCAUUCACGGACCAUCUCCAUCACAAGCAUACAUGUCCCUUACACCCAACACAUCUGCCCCAUUACUUGAAUACAUCUGCACACCUUCAAACGCCAUGCAAGAUUCUCCUCUACAGCGAUAUUUGGUGAUGGUUUCCAUGGCUACUAGUGCUCCUUCGCCUUCAUAUGACGGCAGCGUAGACGUUUUUGCUCAUUACAACUGGGACUCUAUCUGGGAUGGACGAGGGUGGGCGGCACUGGAGCAGGAAUGCAAAAAAGGAAAUGUAAAGUGCUCCUGCAUCAUCGCAGGCGUAACUGGAAAUGAGAACCGGGCGAAGAAGAUAAAGGAAUUGUGUGAAGCUGUGGCUGAACAUGUUGAUGAAGCAUGGUUCAAGGUACCCCCCACUGUGGAGCUAGUUCUCUCAGGGUUUGUCAUUGAAGCCGACAAUACUUAUACUCCCCCAAGGGACAUGGCCUCCACGACUGCUGAACCAACUACUGCGCCAGUCUCUCUUCCCCCCGCGAACAAACCCGAUAUAAGAGUCUUACAGCAAGCUCUUUCCCAAUCACAAAGCCGUUCCAGCCUUGAGGCCGGCCUUGGCAGCUCAUUCAAUCCUGCUACGUUAUCCAAAAUGGAUCCUCAACUUAUUGCUAGCAUGCUGACUGCGAUCAAGGCUCAGAAUGAACAGCAAGGUGUGGGAGAUCAACGACGGAGCCAGGUGCAACAGUUACUGGAGAUGCAGCAAAAAGUUCUCGCCGCCAAAGCUGCACAAAGUAGAGGAAAAAAUGGCCAAGGAGAAACUGUUAUGGCUGCGAUUCAGCAACAGCGAGCCCAACAGGCUCAAGCUUCAGGUCAGCCAACGCAAGUCCAUUCUGUCCAACCAAGGUCUCAGACUAUAUGGUCAGGUGCAAUUGUCUGGGGAGCCCCAGGAGGUAGCGGAUCGAAUGCUUCCGGCUCUGUAGGUGUCGAGGCACAACUGUUCAGCGGCAUUCCCGAUUCUGUCAUGGUAUCUCACUGGCCCAAAGAGCUUCUUUUACGAAAUCUUGCUAUCAUUCACCUCCCAUCUCUGACGGAAUACGCCAAAGAAAAUUCCUGCCCCAUCAUUGCAUUUAUGCCCAGCGACAAAACGCCAAGUGGCACAACCCCCAACCCUGGUAUGAUGCAUUACAAUCAACUUGGCACGAGUCUCAAUGCGAAGAGCAACAUGGUGGUCAUUCCAUUUCCUUCCAUUGGGCCUGAUCGAGGACUUCUAAUCUUCUCCGCUCCUGUGGGCGGAACCUCAGCAGGCAGAGGUUUUAGAUUGAUGGGGAUAGCGUGUGUGCAUGUAUCCUUCCCUCCCCUGCAAAUGGUAAAUCCUCGUGCUGCGCCUACUACCAUGGAUCCUCGGCGUGCCCCUGUCAAUACUUCUACGUUGCAGCAACCGCCGACUGGCACAUCCCAGAAUCAACAAUUCCGUCCUUCUCCCGUUUUACAACAAGAUUUAGUCAAUCAGUUUAAUCAGGGGCAGAGCCAAGGGCAAGCAACGCCAGCGGCUCAGUUUGCCGCGUUGAUGCAGCAGCAAGCUCAAGCUCAGUCUCAAACUCAGUCUCGGGUAUUACAGUCUCAGCCACCCCAAUUGACUCCGCAGGGACAGAACCCGCCCAUCAACUCAUCGUUACCUCAUCCUCAAAAUACAACUCGAGGUAUCACCUUUCAACAAUAUCAGCAGAUUCUAUCACAUGCUCAAAAACUGGGCAUUGUACUUCCAGCUUUUGACUACACUAGUAUACCGCAAGACAAGUUGCAAACUCUCAUUAACGGGUUGAAAAUGGCUGAGAUGAAGCAGCGUCAGCACGCUCAAGCGCAGCAAGCACAGGCUCAGCAACAACAACAGCAACAACAACAGCAACAGCAACAGCAACAAGAGCAGAUACAAGCGCAAAUGGCUCAAAUGCAGCAAAUGAUGGCGCAGCAGUCUCAGAGCGGACAGGGAACUUCUGGCGCGGGGAUAGGAUUACGGAAUUUCCAACCGGGACCGUAGUGUUGAUACGUUAAAGGGAGAUUGUCAGGAAACGAAACUGCAGUCCAAUUAAGACUGUCGAGAAACAAGACUGCAACCCAGUCAAGAAGGGAAAGGAGGGUUCUCUAGGAUGAAAAUGGGCUAUAGAUAUUUUCAAUACUGUUGAUUUCUUAUUGUUCGUAUCUCGGCAUGACUAGGUUGUACCACUUGUACAGAUACCAAAUGUCACCAUUGUAGAGCUCCAUUAUUCUGCA